AUGACCAGAGAAAAGCCUCAUGACAUAGCCACACGUGCCCAGGCCAUCACUCUGAAGGUGAACGGCUUCUCGGCCGCCGAUAUCAAGGAGCAGACGGGCAUCUCGGAGCGCACCAUCCGGCACAUCUACACGCGCGCCGUCAAGCGUGGCUACAACCCAGAGGUCUCGAAGAAGGUCGAAAACCAUCACGUCGUCGACGGAAAACGCACUGGCCGCCCGCGUAAGGACGGCGCCGCGAAGGAACAGGACGCCCAGAAGAUUGGAGAAGAGAACGGCGGCGAAGACGGCGAGCCGGAGGGCAUGGACAUAGAGCCAGAAAGUCAGCCGGCUCAGCCAGAAGCUCCGCCAUCGAGCAAGCCGACGCGUCUGCUCCAGCUCCCGCUUCAGCCCCCACCCCAGCUCCAGCUCCAGUCCCCGUUCCCGUCCCAGUCGCAGCUCCAGCUCCAGCUCCAGCUCCAGCUCCAGCUCCAGCUCCCGUUGCCUGAUGACUUCAGGCGCACAUGGGCCCGUGCGCAGACCUCACCUGCGACAACACCACACCUAUCCAUCACCACAUCGAUACCCCGUAGUCCUUUACAGCCUUUUUACAAUAAAAUGUCAGACAUGACAACCAGAAUUGCUUCGAUGCGCUCGGUGCUGCCUGAGCUCCGCUCCGCCCUCAAUGCUUUUACCGCCUCCUCCGCCGCCUUCCGCAUCGUCCGAUCCAUCAACCCCGCCAACACUUCUCCGCCCCCGCCAAAGACACUCUACAUUCUUGAUUCCUCGUUCAACCCGCCCUCGAUCGCGCACCUGGCGCUCGCAACUGCUGCCGUUACCAAUCCCAGCCCAACAGACCCAAAGCCGCACCGAUUGCUGCUGCUCUUCAGCACCCACAAUGCCGACAAAUCUCCCAGCCCGGCGAGCUUCGAAUACCGCCUGGCCAUGAUGACACUGUUUGCCGAAGAUUUGCACCAGAACGUCACGCGCACUUCAGCACUCGCUUCUCAGCCCGAUUCUCCCUCGUCGCCUGCAGACGUCGCAAUCGACAUCGGCCUCACCAAAGCGCCAUACUAUACCGACAAAACAAUCGCUAUUACGAGCGCUGACCCGUUACCUUAUCCGAGCUGUCCCACACAUGUACAUCUCAUUGGAUACGAUACUGUCACACGCUUUCUCGCACCUAAAUACUACACGGACCACAAUCCGCCGCUGUCUGCGCUUUCUCCGUACUUUGACAACGGACACAAAAUUUUUGUUACGCUCCGUCCCUCGAAUCCGGACGAUCAGAGCUCGUUGGAAUUUGGAAGUCUGAACGACCAAAAGGGUUACAUUGAAGGGCUUGAGAAGGGAAACUUGGAAAAAGAAGGGUUCAAGCCAGGGUGGGCCAAACAGGUCGAUACCAUGACUGCACAGGAGAGCGUUGGUGUAAGCUCCACUCGGAUACGAAACGCGGCAAAGAGGGCCGACUGGGAAGAGUUGGAAGAACUGUGUACACCGGGCGUUGCGGCAUGGGUGAAGGAGAUGGAAUUAUACAAGGACGACGGCAAAGGUGCAAAGAUGGCUUAA